AUGCGAUUGUUUCGAGUUGGAGCAACAUUCUUAACCUGUGCUAUCUCCCUGUUUGCUGAGUUGACAUGUGCUGAGACACAGUCUCUCCCAUCAUGCGCUCUACUAUGCCUUGAAGACCUCCUUCCCAAUUCGGCCUGCGCCUCCACAAACCAAACAUGUAUCUGUACAAAUGUUGAACUUAAUGAUGAGUUAACUAGCUGCGUUUCCGCAAACUGCACCAUCAAAGAGAGCCUCACUGCGGUUAAUGUCACUGAUACAACAUGUGGAGUCCCAAUUAGAGACCAUACGUCCCUGAGUAUCAUAAUACCAGCAGUUGGCCUAUGCGUUGUGCUGUUUGUUGGUUUGAGGAUAUACACCCGCCUUGUGGUUAUGAAACUGGAGAUCGGAUUGGAUGAUAUAAUGACUAUCCUUCUCGGAUGUUGCAUGGUGCCGGUUAACUCUGGCUCAAUCCUGCUUGGAAAGGCCGGCCUAGGAAAGGAUAUGUGGACCCUAGAGUUCAGCCAAAUCACUCGAAUUCUCUAUCUUUUCUACAUCCAAGAGCUCCUCUAUAUCACUUGCGUUUGUCUCACAAAAAUCUGCUUCCUUCUCUUCUACCUCCGCAUUUUUCCCUCCGAUCGGAUGCGCCGGGUCAUCAAGGUUUCCGGCGUGGUGACAGCUUGCUACUACAUAGCAUACUUAUUCGCCUUUGCGUUUCAAUGCUCGCCCGUUAGCUACAACUGGAAUGGCUGGGAUGGUGAACAUGAAGGAAGCUGCGUGGCGACUAAUCCUUUGGUGGUUUCUGCCGCCAUAGUGAACAUCAUCCUAGACGCCUGGGUUAUUACUAUGCCAAUCCCUAAGGUACUGAAGCUCCAGGCUUCAAUUACUACAAAGCUUCAGGUCGUACUCAUGUUUUCUGUGGGCUUUUUAAUCACGGGUGUCAGCAUCUAUCGCACUAUAAUGCUCAAAAUCUUCGCCACUAGCACGAAUCCAACAUGGGAUAAUGCCGCAGGCGGCUAUUGCCAUGCGGUCCCUGCUCAGUCGCCUCUUCCCAACGAUAUUUGGUUCAACAAAAGGGACCAGCAGUAUGGGGCAGUCUAG